AUGGAGUUCUCUGCAGCCUCUGCCCACAGAGGACUUGUCCCCUGGCUGGGACUCCUGCUGACUGGCUUCCUCUUAGCCUUCUGGAUCCCGCCCACGACUGCGCGAUUUACUCUUGACUCAAUCAAUGCUGCUGAAGGGCAGGAUGUGAUUCUACGUGCCAGCAAUAUGCCUCCUGGUGUUGCAGGCUUCAUGUGGUACAGGGGACUAGAGAUUAAGUUCUCUAAUUUAAUUGGGAUUAUUGCAUGGCAAUUAAGUCGACAAAUAACAGGUCCCAAAUACACUGGUCGAGAGAUAGCAAAACUUGAUGGAUCCCUGAUCAUAAAAAAUGUCACUCCGAGGGACAUAGGAAUGUACUUCGUAGUAGCCAUUCUUCCAAAAUCAAGAGAAGUAGCAUUUGGACGGCUCAAUGUAUACCGGCCACUGAGUGUGCCCACACUGCUAGCCAGCAACACCACAGUCACAGAGAAUGAGGAUGCGGUGGUCAUGACUUGCUACACAGAUGUGUAUUCCAUCAACUGGUUAUUCAAUGCUACAAGUAUGCAACUCGGGGAGAGGAUGAAGCUGUCCCAGGACCACAGAACCCUCACCAUAGACCCUGUCCGGAGAGAGGAUGCUGGAUACUACCAGUGUCAAGUCUUCGACCCCAUCAGCUCCAUUGAAAGUGCACCUGUAGAGUUAGAUGUCAAGUACUAG